AUGAUGCAAAACGACAAGUCCAACAACAGCAAUCAUGAGUUCUCAUUAAAUCAUGAUGAUCCGUUCAAUGAUGAGGACCAAAUGGAACGACCUCUCUCUCCUGAAACGUUGUAUCGGGAACAGUUUGAGAAAAUGUUUGACACCUACAAAUCCAUGCAACAAGACAAAGAAACAAUCAAUUUUGAGGAAGUUCGGGAAUUGCUUCAACUCUCAAAUUUAUCCAUUCCUGUUGCAGCGAUUAAAGAAGAAUAUGAUCGGAGGAUUGGCAUUGAAAAUAAGGCAACAAGGGAACAAUUUGUAUCCAUCAUGAGGGAAUUAAUUUCAACCGUCUCAAUACAAUCUUCUCCGACUGUAACAAAAGCCUCCUCCUCCACCACACCUAGGUCUAAUAUCGAUUUCCAAGAACGAUGUAUGAUGGAGGUUAAAAAAGAAAAGUACUUGCAAGAACAUAACCAAUACAUCCGAGAUCACCCUCUGUUGCACCAAAUUCUCUUUGACUUUUUAAAUACCACCCUUAUUUAUCAACCCGAAGAUGUAUUUUCCUUCGCUAGGGAAUAUUUCUCAAAAUUGGCCAAGGUCGAAACGAAAUCAAAUCACGCAAAGAAAGUGUUGGUAUUUUCUGGAGCUGUGGUGUCAGCCAACAAUUUUGCUCUUAAACUUCAAGCAACAUUCCCACAUGACGUUGAACGGGCAGUUGGCUACACAACGAGGAAGCCACGGAUCGAUGAAAUUGAGGGAAUUCAUCACUUCUUUGUUCCCUCACAUGAUGAAAUGAAACAACUGAUGAAAGAGAAUUAUUUCUACGAAAUUGUACAAAUAGGCAAUGAUUACUAUGGAAAUGCUAAAAGUGAAAUUGAUUCCAUUUUAGAAAAAGAUAAGGUUUGCAUUGUAUUUGCAAACCUUAAAGGAGUUCAACAAUUGAAAAUGAUUCUCAGCGAGAAUCAAAUCAACUCGUGUUUCUUUUACAUCAAACCCAUUUCCAUGAGUUCCUUUGAGAAUGCUCUCAGCAAAAUUCCAACCGAUGAUGAAAACCUAGAUUUUGCUAAAAAUCGAGUGCUAAUGAUUGAGGACGAGCUCAGACAAGAUCUUUCCUCAGUCUACAAUGUAGUUUAUGAAAUGAAUGAUGAAUUAAUGUCAGAUGCAGAAAUUCCUCUAGAAUAUGAAAUGCCAGACGACUUGUACAAGUUGAUUUUCAGCUUUAUUUCUUCGAAUAAAUAA